CUAAGAUAUAGUAUUAUUACUCUCUAAGAGGUAGAAAAUUUUAAUUAAAUUAAUUAUGGCAUCACUAGUUUCAAGUUGGUCAUCAGAAGUAGAUUCAAUUCCAAAUAAAUAUGUAGUUCCAUUAGAGAAAAGGGUAAAUGCAGAUGUACCAAUUGGUAAACAUAUUCCAGUUAUUGAUUUAUCACAACCUUCAAAUCAUUCUAUUCAACAAAUCAUCAAAGCUUCAGCUGAGUUUGGUCUCUUUCAGGUGAUCAACCAUGGAGUUUCAGAAAGCCUAAUGGCUGAUGCAUUAGCAGUUUGCAAAGAGUUUUUCUAUCUUCCAAUUGAGGAGAAAGCAAAGUUUGUUGAGAAUAAAGAUGAUGAGAGCUUAAGUGACUUUGAACCAUCAAUUGACCAAAGGCCAAAACUUUACAUUGAAAAAGAAUACACACCAAAGAAAAAUGGUUCAAAAACUAAUGAGAAAGAAACAGUUUUUUGGAAAGAUACUUUUGGACAUGGUUGCCAUCCUCUCACUCAAGAUGUCAUCAAUUCUUGGCCUGAAAACCCACAAAAAUAUAG